CCUGGAGUUCCUGCUUGGCUCUUCCUGAGGUCUGAGCACCUUCUAAACUACAUCCAGAUCUGAAUUCUUGUUGGGAGCCAUUUUGUGAAGAGACGAGGACUGAGCUGUUUUGGCCGCAUUUCUGGCCUCGAGCUGCAGUCAGCUUCUCCACGUAGAACCCGGCAGUAGGAGACUUAGAAUCGAAUCUCUUCUCCCUCCCGCCUCCUGUUUUUGGCUUUUUGAGAAACCUUAUCAUCCAACACAAUGGCCAGCAAUGUUACCAACAAGACGGAUCCUCACUCCAUGAACUCCCGUGUGUUCAUUGGGAAUCUCAACACUCUUGUUGUCAAGAAAUCGGAUGUGGAGGCGAUCUUUUCCAAGUAUGGCAAAAUUGCGGGCUGCUCUGUUCAUAAGGGCUUUGCCUUCGUUCAAUAUGAUAAGGAGGAAAAUGCCCGGGCUGCUGUAGCAGGAGAGGAUGGCAGAAUGAUUGCUAGUCAGGUUGCAGUUAUUAACCUGGCUGCAGAGCCAAAAGUGAGUCGAGGAAACGCAGGUGUGAAACGAUCAGCAGCAGAGAUGUACGGCUCUUCUUUUGACUUGGACUAUGGUUUUCAACGGCAUUAUUAUGAUGGGAUGUACAGUUUCCCAGCACGUGUACCUCCUCCUCCUCCCAUUGCUCUGGCUGUAGUGCCCUCGAAACGUCAGCGUGUAUCAGGAAACACCUCACGAAGGGGCAAAAGUGGCUUCAAUUCUAAGAGUGGAAAGCGGGGAUCUUCCAAGUCUGGAAAGUUGAAAGGAGAUGACCUUCAGGCCAUUAAGCAGGAGUUGACCCAGAUAAAACAGAAAGUGGAUUCUCUCCUGGAUAACCUGGAAAAAAUUGAAAAGGAACAGAGCAAACAAGAGGUAGAGGUGAAAAAUGCUAAGUCAGAAGAGGAGCAGAGCAGUAGCUCCAUGAAGAAAGAUGAGACUCACGUAAAGAUGGAGUCUGAGGGGGGUGCAGAAGACUCUGCUGAGGAGGGGAACCCACUGGAUGAUGGUGAUAAUGAAGAUCAGGGGGACAACCAGCUGGAUUUGAUCAAGAAUAAUGAAAAAGAGGCUGAGGAAGGAGAGGAUAACAGAGACAGCACCAAUGGCCAGGAUGACUCUUAAGCACAUAGUGGGGUUGAGAAAUCUUAUCCCA